AUGGCUUGCCUCUCACGUGACUCACUCUUUGUUCCCAAUCUGAAUUCGUGGCAUCCCUGCAGGAAUGAGUUCCCCCACCCUGUAUUGAAAAACAAGAGGAGGUUUCUGCUUCUGCUUCAUCUAAGUUGUGGAGACGCUCCCGGGAGGAGGACUAGGUGUCAGCUUUGCUUACAGGAGAGAAUGCAGCAAAGUGCUGAGAACGCGGAGACAGAGGCCUGCCUAGAGUCGGAUCAGGAAGAUGCUACCCCUCUGCUCAACCAGCAGUUAUCACUUGGGAAAGGCCUCUGCUCAGCUCGCUACAGCCUGGCUCUCAUCCUGCAUUUCUCCCUCUUCAUGGUGUAUUCACUCCGGGUCAAUCUCAGUAUCGCCAUCGUAGCCAUGACGAACGGCACCAACCCGGGCAGCCUGCCCAAUAUCUCCACGGACGUGUGUCCCAAUCGCUCCCACGCUCAGCCCAAUGACUCCCACCGAGAAUUUGCCCAAGAAGCCCCCGUGUACGACUGGAGCGCUAAGACCCAGGGCGUCAUCCUCAGUGCCUUCUUCUACGGCUACCUCUUCACCCAGCUCCUCGGCGGAUACUGGUCGGGAAUGUUCGGAGGGAAGCUAGUGUUGGGCUGCGGGCUGCUCUCUACCUCGGCUCUCACCCUUCUCGUGCCGCUGGCAGCUAGCCUGGGAGCAGCGUACCUCAUUGGGCUGCAGGCACUGCUGGGCAUGGCAGAGGGGGUGAUAUUUCCAGCCCAAUACACGCUUUGGGCAAAAUGGGCUCCCCCCUUGGAACGCAGCAGGCUCAUGAACCUCGCUGAAGCUGGAUGCACUUUUGGGACCUUCAUCACCUUCCCUGCAGCUGGGAUCAUCUGCCAGUACCUGGGGUGGCCUUACAGCUUCUUCAUCUUUGGUGGCAUUGGCUGCGUUUGGUGUGUGUUCUGGUUCCUUCUCGUCUAUGAAGAUCCUGCAUGUCACCCUCGUAUUAGUACUGGCGAGAAGGAGUACAUUGUGUCAUCACUGGCCAAUCAGGGCAGCUCUCAUGGACGCUCCCUUCCACUCCUGGCCAUGAUGAAAUCGCUGCCUCUUUGGGCCAUCGCAGUCGCCUAUUUCUGCAAUGACUGGCUGUUCUACACGCUGCUGACGUCAAUGCCAACGUACAUGAGUGACGUGCUCCACUUUGACAUCAGAGAGAAUGGGCUUCUCUCUGCACUUCCUUACGUUGGGAACUGGCUGGGUACCAUCGUGUCAGGGCUGCUGGCAGACUUCCUCCUGUCCAAGCACAUGUUCAGCACAGCAACGGUUCGGAAGCUCUUCUCGGUGCUGGGGAUGAUGCUCCCAGCCGUCUCCCUGGUGGCCGUGUCCUACGUCGGCUGCGAUUACACGGCAGCUGUGGUCUUUCUGACAUUGUCCGUGACCGUAAUCAGCAUGUGUGGGGCUGGCUUCAACAUUAACCAGAUCGACAUUGCUCCCAGAUACGCUGGGUUUCUGCUGGGAGUCACAAACACCUUCGGAACGGUCUCAGGAAUAAUUGCUCCCACUGCAGUUGGGAUCCUCACCAGCCAGGACCUCCUGACUGGCUGGAGGAAUGUCUUCUUCGUGUCAGCGGCCCUAAAUCUCUUUGGCCUGCUGUUCUAUGUAGCCUUUGGCAGUGGAACUAUCCAGGACUGGGCUAGAGAGGACACUGCUCUCCAAUGA